AUGAAUUCUGCAACGAUGAAAUCAGAACAACUUACUCCGAAACUUUCACCAAUGUCAUUUUGUUUGGAUGAUCAAAAAAAUGCAGGCACUUUUCAAAGUAUACUAAACUCACCUACAAAACUAAAAUUGGACACUGGCCCUAUUAGUAACUCCUUGUUAUAUCCAACAUCACUUUCUAAAUUGAGCGAGUUGUCAAGAAGUGGACGCUCAAAGCAAAGAAGAGGUUCCGAUACUAUGAGGUCAGUAUCACCUAUCAGAUUCCAGUUUCUAAAUAAUACUCCAAAGAUGUUGAAACCUGAGUAUUUAUCUCAAACGACCAAUAAUCUUCCAUUGUUGUCUGCUCUGCUGAAGAAUAACAAGAAAACCACAAAAUCAACUACUAAUGAAGAUCAGAGUCUAAAUCCUGAUCCGUUGAGCAUAGAGAAAAACAUCAUUAAACAAUCUAUCAAAGACAAAUUAGAGCAGUUGCGCAGUUCAGAACCUAUUUCUCAAGUGCAAAAAGAAGAACGAAAACCAUCACCACAUGAUAUCAAGGACUUUACAGAAGAGACAAUUAACCAAAAAAAUGCCGAAAGUUCAGGUCUUUUAUGCACACCUGUUUCUGUAACUCCUUUUGAGGAUACAGUUAGUCAUGAAAUGCCCAAAGCUGAAGACAAGGGAAAUAGGGUUAUCUCUAACGGUUCCACUCAGUGCUCACAAACUGAAAUAAACGAAAUGCCUAAAGAUUUAAACUUGGACGCUUUACCUACCGAUAAAAAUGGAUUUGUCCAAUAUGGCCUCAAAAAUAAUAACAGUAACAAUAGAUAUAGUUUUAUCUCUUCUACGUCCACUGACUAUGAACCAGAGUGGUACGACGGACAGCAACACAUCUCAAUGCAUAUGCCAUCUAUGACCAGUACCGAGGAAGUCAAUAGUCGUGACAAAUCGAAUUUAGAUAUAAAAAUUAAACAGCUGGAACUUGAAAUUACAGAACUAAAGCUACAAAAUGAAAAGCUAGUUCACUCCAUGACCACGAACAGAUACAUAGAAGAAAGGUUUAUGCUAGAAGUCAUGAAAGACCCUAGUAUACACGCGCAAAAAUCUCAAAGGGAUAUCGAGAGAAAGGUGAAACAAUUGGAGAAGAAAUUCUUUAAUUGUAAAAAAGUCCUCAAGAAAUUGACUGAAUCCCCCUCAGUAGUGGCCCCAUCCACUUCAAAAACUGAUGGGAAUUCAGCAAGGAUUCCAUGUCCUAAGACCAGAUUGGCACGUGUUUCCGUUUUAGACCUGAAAAAAAUUGAAGAACAGCCUGACUCUUCAUCAGGGAUAUCAUCUGAGGAGGAUCAUUCCACAAACGAAGAUUUGAAUAUCGCUUAUGAAGAACCAAUUUCUUCUCUUUCAUCAACAGCGUCUAAGCAGAGCAGAAAGAGUAGGAGAGGUUUCCAACUCAACCUCCCUGUCCAAACAGAAAAGGACGGAAAAUAA